AUGAACGCAUACACCAUGAUGAAGGCGUAUACGGGUUACCAUGCGACCCCAGGACUCGGUGCCAAUCUAGCAUUGAACAUCUUAUAUCCAUCCCUCAUCUCUACUCCAUCAAUACCUAUCCUGCCCCACCACGCCCCAGCCACGCCCACUCCCCACCUACUCAAACACAACUCCGCUACCAGUGUACCACCAGCGAAAGUCUACCCUAACCGCAGGCCGCUCGACACCCAGAACCACCCGGGUGGAUGCGGCUCGGUGUCCGUUUCGGAGGCUCAUCUACCAGCGACACUCCCGAUCAAGCCGCGGAGACCGAGACGGCGUCGAACAACUUUUACCCCCUCCCAACUGGGGGCGAUGGAGAGGAAGUUCCGGUGUCAGAAAUACUUGAGUGUGGCGGAGAGAGGGAUGUUGGCCGAUCGGUUGGGCCUGAAUGAAACUCAGAUCAAGACUUGGUAUCAAAAUAGACGAACAAAAUGGAAGCGACAGACUGGUCCCUCGGAGAGGAUGGAAGAAUUACGUCUUCACUUUUGUAACGAGGAUGGCUGCCCCGGACGAAUGCGCAAACACGUCCGCGAUGUCGUGGGCACUGAUCUGAUUGGCUCAACGACCUUCACGUGCGCUACAACGUCACCAUCGUCAUCACCGAGCAUUAGCCAAUCAGAAGAGGAGAACGAUUCAACCGAGAAAAGACUUCUAUCAAACUUUCCCCAAAGCUCACCCGAAAGCUUGAAAUAGACUGAUCAUGAUGCGGAGGAUCUUGGAAAUCUAGACAUUAUUGCUUUCGUGAUGAUAGAAUUAGACCUGUCUGUUUGAUAGCAGAAACAUGAUUUCGCUUUUUAUCUUCGCCUGAUAUUUACCGAA